AUGACAAGUGAUAGUGAGCUUUCACAGAGUUCUAACUUUCAGGACACGUUGAGGACAAUAGAUGAGGCUACAUCACGUAUCUCCGCAAGCAACAUUCUGUUUGCACAGGAGAACAUAGAAAGCGCAGUUAACAUGAUUUUUGAUGACGCUUUACCAUCACUCAUCACAGGAAGUUCAAAUAUUGAUUUGCAGAGCACAGUUGUCAACAACCAAGGUACAUUAAAUAGCAACCGAAAUGACGCACAAAAUACAAACACCAGUUUGCGUGCAGAAAUAAAAAACAUAAACACCAAUUUGCGAACGGACAUAAAUACAAAAUUUGACAGUUUGUCGCGAAACCUUACCUUAGUAACACAAGACAUAAAGAAAAUAAAGCAAGAGCAGAAACAAGUUUUAAACGAUUUUCAGGAUACAGUCACACAGCAGAUCAGUGAUUUGACAAAGAAUUUUCCCAAGGAAAUGAAUGUAAAAUUUGAAGACAUGGAAAAACAGCUAAAACAAGAUGUACUUUCCGAAAUACACAAUGACAUUACGGAAAUAAAACAAAAAUUACACACUCUUAACGAACGUAACGAUACAGUAGAGCAGCAAACAAAAGGGAUUAAAGACACACACACAAACCUGGAAACUACACAAAUACAAUUAACUUCCACAGUAAAGAACAUCCCUACAGUAGUAAACAAACUGAGCAAAGAUUACGAAAACAUACCGGCAGCAAUAGGUGAACUCACUUUAAAAGUGGCAUCACUUGAAAUCGAAUCAGUCUGUGCCAAAAAGGAAAGAGACAAAAUUAAUGAAAAUUUAUCUGACGUAAUUUCACAACCUGAAGCAGGUACUUUAGACAAAACCAGUACAGCAGCGGAAAAGGUAGUGAAGGAAUGUAAAUUAAUGAAUGAUAUAGUUGAAAAGUCUAUUCAACAAAAGGAAAAUGACAUUAUCGACAAAGUGAGCACCAAUUUGCAGGCUAGAGAGAACAGGAUACGCAACUACUUAGGUGAAACUGAUACAGAGACACAAGUUGUACACAUAAACAAAGUGCCAACCACUGCAAACCAAAGUAAUGUAUGCACACAGACCAUUCAUUGCAAACUUUACAAAUAA